AUGAGGGCACAGACCGAUCAGUGGUUCUCUGAGUACCUACUGAGAAUAGGCAAUGGAACGGAAGAGACAAUCGGUGGUGACUAUGUGCGUCUUCCAGAUGACAUUGUUAUUCCUUUCACUCCUACCGAUGAACCAGUGAACAAGCUUAUUGAAGAUGUGUUCCCAUCGCUUCAUGAGAACGCCACAUCUGGACCCUACAUGAGUACACGUGCCAUUCUUUCAACGAAGAAUGAUCAUGUGGACAAUCUGAAUAAAAAGAUGAUUGACCGAUUUCCUGGCCAGGCAAAGGUAUAUUAUAGCUUUGACUCUGUCGAGAAUGAUGCACGCAAUAACUACCCACUAGACUAUCUCAACUCACUCACUCCAAAUGGCCUGCCCCCGCAUGAUUUGAAACUCAAAAUCAAUUGUCCCGUCAUUCUACUCCGGAAUCUCGAUCCGCACAAUGGGUUGUGCAAUGGAACAAGACUGAUGAUUAGAGCAUUUCAGGAUAACGCAAUCGACGCCGAGAUUGUCGGUGGACAACAUGCUAGAAAUAGAGUGUUCAUACUGAGGAUCCCUUUGUCGCCCUCGGAGGAUAUUUCACUUCCUUUCAAGUUUAAGAGGAAACAGUUCCCCGUCCGCUUGAGUUUUGCAAUGACCAUCAACAAAGCCCAGGGGCAAACCAUUCCGACCGUUGGUAUUUACCUCCCAGAGCCUGUAUUCUCCCAUGGCCAGCUUUAUGUUGCACUUUCAAGGGGUGUGUCAAGGCAGACCACUCGGAUUUUGGCCAAGCCAAAUAUAGACAUAGACCCAACUGGAAAAAGCACAAAGAACAUUGUGUACAGGGAUGUAUUGGAGGGAUAG